GGUGGGGCAGCGCAUACGGGAUGAGAUCCUGGCGGUGCAGCACCGCAAUGGGUGCAAGGGCGGCAUGAUGGAGGAGUGGCACCAGAAGCUGCACAACAACACCAGCCCCGAUGAUGUGGUGAUCUGCCAGGCACUGCUGGACUACAUCGCAGCCGGUCUGGACCUGCGCGCCUAUUGGUCCACGCUGCACGCUGCCGGCAUCACAGCACAGCGGCUGGCCUCCUUCGACCGCCCCAUCCGCUCCGAGCCGCGCUUCAGCGGGCAGCAGGCGGCGGGGCUGCAGCGGGACCUGCGGGCGUACCUGCAGACUCUGCGUGCGGUGCACGGCGGGGACGACCUGCGCUCCGCUGCUGACAACGUGCUGGGCUUCGAGCAGCGGGACAUGAAGGGCUACCACAUCUCCGUCCCCCCCGUUCCCCAUGUCACCUCUCCGCAACUGGCCACCCACCUCCGAGCGCUGCUAGCCCUACAUGACCACCUGGCCACCGCUAACACCAACAACUCCGUGUCCACAGCAGCAGCAGCAUCCACAGCAACAUCCACAGCAACAUCCACAGCAGCAGAUGCUGCGUCAGCAACAUCAGCAGCAGCAGCAGGGCCGGUUGUCCGGCAUCGUAGUCUUCAUCGUCCUGCUGACGUGGCCUCGUUGUGCGGCUUGCCUGGUGCCGUGCGGUUUAUGGAGAUGGCGGUGGAGGCGCGGCACUUGAUAAGGCCCUUCUUGGAUGGCGGGGAGGCGGCGUGUGGAGGCAGGCUGGUGGAUGUGGUUUUCCUGGACCUAGCGCUCGAAAGCGCCCUCCGUACGACACUGGAGGGUCAGAUGACCGCUAUACGGCAGCUAGUGGCGGAGGCGACCCAGCCGUACAUUGCCUCUUCUACUGCUGCUGCUGCUUCACAUGCGGCCCAUGUUGGCAGCAAUGGCAGCAGCAGCGGUCUGGGGCAGCAGCGUCGCCCCCCACCGGCUGCACCGGUUGCAGAGGCACAAGCGGCUGCGGAUGCGCUGAGCCAGGUUCUGGAGGUGCUGCGUGCGGCGGUGGAGGCGGUCGCACUGAGCAGCUGCCCCAAUGACGACCUAGUGGCAGCCAACAAGUGGCUCCGACUGCUGGCGACACAGGCGGACCCACGGGACGCUCGCGACCGCAUGUUGCAGACGCUGGCGCUGCUAGAGCGGCUGCAGCGGGCGGUGGCGGCGCAGGCGGUUGCACUGCUGGGCCUGCUGCAGCCGGCGGCGGAGCAGCUGGGGGGCAGGCUGGGAGUCAGGCAGGAGUCCCUGCCCCAUGCGGGCGAGGAGGCGGUACGGGGCGGUCCCGCUGCCCCGCUGGCGCAGCUGCUGGCGCUGUUGGAGCCGCCGCUGAGGAGGGCCACCGGGGGGAGCGUGUGGCAGAUCAUCAGCCGUGGUGGUGGCGAUGGCUCCGGAACCGGCGACAGCGGUGGCGGCAACAACACCGUGUUAGCCGGCUGGUUGCGAGAGGAGCCGCAUCUCGCUGCCGUACAACACGAGAUCAUGACUCAUCAGCCCACCGUACUGCUGGUGGACGGCAUCACAGGCUCCGAGGAGAUACCGCAGGGCUGUGUGGCG